UUGGAGCUUCACCCGGCGUAAGCAUGAGGUCAUCCACAGCAUCCUCCACAGCAUUUACAUCCAUGAGAGCAGCCCCGCCUCGGUUCCAGGCUAUGCCAUUUGUCGCACGUAUCUCUGCAUAUUUGCUUGACAAGAUUGACUCGGAGCUACAUAUCCAGGUGACUAAUGAGAUGACAAGAGUUGCGCUGACGGCGAACUCGAUGGAUGAUCUCCUGGGGUAUGUCAUGCAAUAUUUAAGCGGUGUGAUUCCUCAUGGCGCGUAUGGUGGUGUUAUACGGAUUAUAAGCUCGCUUGGCGAUAAUUCCGGUGCUGGUCAGAGCAGCACUCAGAGUGGAGAUAUUGGAGGGAGCAGCACACGUUCUCGUAACCAGGAUAGAGAUACUGCCGACGACGACGACCGAUGAGGUUUAUGAGGUUUUUUGUGGAUUUUUAAUGCAAUGAACAGCUUUAUCUGUUAUAACAAUACUUAUAUGCGUGUUGGAUGUUAUAACAA